CACUUCCACAUGAACAGGGAGGGAAGUGCCGUUAUUGGAUCAUGACUUAACGCUGUCAGCGGCUUCUAGAAGCUCAUUUUAACAUCAGUUCUGAUGAGAAAAAAUCACAAACCUUAAUAACAUCUCAGUCGUGUAGUUUCCUAAGGAUCCGCGCUCGCUGUGUGGAGCUAACAGCUGCCGUUUGAAUGAAUGAUAGCCUCUUAGCUGACCUAGCGAGCUAACCGCUGCUGUGUUGACUGAGCCCCGCUAACGGCGGUCUGGGUAAGGCCGAAACAAACCACCAUGCUGAGAGAAAUAGCCGAGCUCCCCGCUGAGGAUAAGAUAUUUUACGCCGUCCUGGUGUUUUCCUGGACGGUAUAUCUAUGGGAGGCCUACCUCGCCUUUAGACAGAGGAGGAUAUACAGGUCGACCAUGCACGUGCCCACAGAGCUGGGGAAGAUUAUGGAUGCCGAGACCUUUGAGAAGUCACGACUCUACCAGUUAGACAAAAGCAACUUCGGCUUCUGGUCUGGACUUUACUCUGAGACCGAGGGGACGCUGAUUCUGCUGCUGGGAGGGAUCCCGUUCCUCUGGAGGAUCUCGGGGAUUGUGACUGCUCGAUUUGGCCUAGGACCAGAGUAUGAGAUUUCCCAGUCUCUAGUCUUCUUGAUGCUGGCAACUCUGUUCAGUGCCCUCACAGGCCUCCCGUGGAGCCUCUACAACACGUUUGUCAUUGAGGAGAAGCACGGCUUCAACCAGCAGACAUUAGGGUUCUUCCUGAAGGACGCCCUGAAGAAGUUUGCGGUGACUCAGUGUAUUCUGCUGCCUGUGACCUCCCUGCUCCUCUACAUCAUCAAGAUCGGUGGAGAUUACUUCUUCAUCUACGCCUGGCUCUUCACUCUCAUCGUCUCUCUGGUCCUGGUGACCAUCUAUGCCGACUACAUCGCCCCACUUUUUGAUAAAUUCACCCCACUGCCGGAGGGAGAGCUGAAAACAGACAUCGAGAGCAUGGCCAAGUCUAUCAGCUUCCCCCUCACCAAGAUCUACGUGGUUGAAGGCUCUAAAAGGUCGUCCCACAGUAACGCUUACUUCUACGGCUUCUUUAAGAACAAGCGCAUCGUGCUGUUUGACACGCUGCUGGAGGAUUACUCUCCUCUGAACAAGAGCGGUGAGGGAGAGAGCUCUACAGAGCAGAAGGACGAGAAUGAGGCGUCAGGUGACGAGAGCAAGCUCAAACCCAAGAAUAAGAAGCAAGGCUGCAGUAACUCAGAGGUCCUGGCUGUUCUUGGUCAUGAACUUGGACACUGGAAACUGGGCCACACCGUGAAGAACAUCGUUAUUAGCCAGAUGAACUCCUUCCUCUGCUUCUUCCUCUUUGCUGCUCUGAUUGGUCGGAAAGAACUCUUCCUGGCCUUUGGUUUCCAUGACAGCCAGCCAACUCUCAUUGGACUAAUGAUCAUCUUCCAGUUCAUCUUCUCACCCUACAACGAGUUGCUGUCAUUCUGCCUGACUGUGCUGAGUCGUCGGUUUGAGUUCCAGGCGGACGCGUUUGCUCGGGGCAUGGGUCGAUCUGCAGAGCUUUACUCCGCACUCAUCAAGCUCAACAAAGACAACCUGGGCUUCCCCGUGGCCGACUGGCUCUUCUCUAUGUGGCACUAUUCCCACCCGCCGCUACUGGAGCGCCUGAGAGCCCUGACCGGCCCCAAGCAGGACUGACGGUUCCACAAGGGGGCGUCACGCUCACCACCCAGGAAAGGCCUCCGCCGGCCACUUCUGGCCAUUUAAAGAAAAGAAAAAAAAAUGUUUCUCAGUCUCUCUCUAUCUCUUUUUCUUGCUUUUACUUUUUUACUUCUUUGUUUUUGAGCCCUUCCCAUAUUUUGUGCCCAUUUUGGUUAGUUGAGUUUGCUUGAAAUGGCACUAAGCCUAAUGCACUAGUUCUCAAGUCCAGUCUUGCGGAUGCUUUGUGCUGCACGGUUUUAAGUAACACACCUGAUCAAGCCAGUCAAAUGAAUGUCUGUCCAUGCUCCCUCCACAAAAGUGUUCUUAGCAACUGUGGCUGGGUUAUACAAGCUUAACAGAAUGUUUAGAAAAAUCUCAUUCUACCUAAAUACAAAUUGUAGCGCGCUUUACUUAGAUUUGCUAUGUUAAUGUUACCAAGACUAUGAAUUUGUAGCUAAUUGAAACUAAACAUGUUGGAAAAAACAUAAAACAAUGCUACUGAGUGAGUUUAUAUGCAAUCAAUAAUCUGAUCUUAAUUGGAUUUCUGCAUUCAUCUGAUUAUUCAAAUGGUCAUGUAAACGGCACACUCUGAUUUCAAAGAUCAGAGUAUGGUCUAGAAAUCUGAUUAAGAACUCCAAUAAAGAGAGGUGGAUUUUUAGCUCUAA